UACACGAGUUCCCUUAAUUUUUGACCCAGAUUCCUAAUUUGUGAAGAACGGAUAAUUGUUUCUCCUCGUCAGAAGUUGAUUUAGAUUUUUUUAAUACUUUUUUUUACGAUCGCAAGUCAAUAAUUCCGGGGUUUACGGUGUUUUUGUAUGAUUCAGGCAUGAUGCGACGAACAUAACCUCCCCUGCAAUCAAAACAAAUCCCGAAACCCUAUUUUUCAAGUUUAUAAAUAUAUUUAUGUGCCACGAGUGGCGAUAAAUAAUCAGAAUGAAUGAAAUUCUGGAUGAAAACUUCAGGAGUUAUUAUUCGAAAAUAGAGGAUACUUUUAAAAAUGCGUCGUUUAUAGCUAUUGACGCUGAAUUCUCCGGGAUUGACAGUGAAAAUGUUCCAAAGCUCACAUUGUUUGAUACAGUCCAGGAGAGGUACGAGAAGCAGAGAGAUAACAUAGCACCAUUCAGUGCUAUUCAAAUAGGCCUGACAGCAUUCGUAAGAGUCAGACACGAGAAUAAAUACAUCGCAGAACCUUUCAGAUUCUAUUUGCUGUCGAGAUCGUUACUGCAUGGUACUAAUCAGAAUUUUCACUGGGAGAAAACGUCAAUGAACUUUCUGCGAAUCCAUAAUUUCGAUUGGAAUAAGUUGGUGUACGGAGGCAUCUCCUACCUGAACGGCCCAGAGGAGGCGAAAAUGAGGCACCUCCUGAAGACCAACGACUACAUGAGCAACCUGGGCGCCUUCCGAACGCUGGAGGAGGAGAACAAUCUCCUGCGCUCCAUAAAAAACGUGUCAGAAUGGCUAAAGAGCUCCCCCAAGUCCGAGAAAUCCCUGGAGAUCAAUUGCGACGACUUCGUGCAGCUGUGCUGCCUGCAGAGGCAGCUGAGGAAGUCCUUCAAGUCCAUCUGGACCGAGCAGAAGGGCCAGAAGAUCUUCGCGAUCAAGGUUGACCCCGAAACCCGUGAGAUCCUGGAAGAGAGGGACCAGAACCUCUGCGAGGAGCAGCUCCUGGAGUACACCCUGGGCUUCACUCGGGUCUUCCAGCUGCUGUGCGACCUGAAGAAGCCCAUUGUCGGGCACAACCUCCUGCUGGACCUCAUGUUCAUGUACAAACAGUUUCACAAGGAUUUACCUAAGAGUUACGAGAGGUUUAAGAGGGAGAUCCACGAGCUGCUGCCUGUGGUGUACGACACUAAGCUGUUGAGCUACGAGAUGAGGAAAAUUUUGGAGCCCAGGGAGGAGGAGGGACAGGGGAAGAAGCAGAAAGGAGAUAAAGGAAGGUCCAACGUCCUCGGAGAGCUGUACAAAUACUUCAAGGAUGGAGACGGAAGACUGUUAUCUUGGAACUCUCCAAGGAUUGAAUUUCCGGACGGCACGACAACCGAUGCAGAGGCAUAUCAUGAUGCCGGCUGGGACUCGUACUACACAGGCUUCUGCUUCGUGAAAAUGGCUCACAUUUUCGCAUCUCACCCACGAGGAAGCUCCCUGAAUUCUCGAGAAUUGACCCACAUCGAGAUGAUGGCAAGCCUCAAGGACUACGUGAACUGCGUGAACUUGAUUCGAGCGGAUCUUUCUCAUUUGAGGCUUGAUGGACCUGAUCCACCGUCGAGGAGGCCCCCCUGGCUGAACAUCAGAGCCCUGCACUCGAGAUCAAUCAACACUGACGAGAUUCUCGUGGCCCUAUCGUCCUACGACUCCUGCGACGUUCAACCGAACUCCUCGAGAAGCAUCCUGGUGGCGGCCCCCAACUGGCGCACGGCUAGAGACAUUCUCCAGCACUUCCAGAACAGCAAGGACUUCCAGGCGGCUCCGUAUAAUCUUCUGAAGCACUCCCCAGCGGUGAAGUCCCUCCUCUGGGGGACAUUGGUGAUCUCUGGAAGUAUGCUGGCACUGCUGAUUCAUCGGGCCAUUCAGAAGCCGUCUGUUCCGUAGUAAAAAUAAAG